AUGGCAUCAGUUGACCUCGAGACGCUGAGGGACUUGUUCAAAAAAGCGUCGGAUCGCUCCACUCCUGGGACAGUCUAUCAACCUGGCCAACAAAGCAGUGAUGCGGAUCGCCCAGCAAGGACGAACAUCCCGUUGGCCUUGGGCCUCAGGGAUUCUCAUGCGAGCCGGCUCAUGCACCCCCUCCCAACACCGCCUUCAUCGAGAAACCACUCCUGGAAUGAGGACUCGCAGAACUUGGUAGCAUACAGGGAUGCAAAGGUUGCAAACGCGCUGGAACAGCCACCGCCCUACAUAGCUUCCCCUCAGACCAUAGCUGAUGACUACGAACGUCACUGGAACCCCACAGACAGCCUCCGGCUCGGCAUUCCUCCUGUUCAGUAUAUUAAUGAGUCCCCCUUCAUGGAAUCGGUCGAAGACUUGGAGAUGCCCGAGACCACCAAGGCGACCUGCCCGGACUGUGGCGCCGAUUUCGCCAGCACGACAGCACGGAACGGCCACCUGCUACUUCAAAAGUGCCGCAAGAAGCGCGCAAAACCAAUCGCUGAGAUUGAAAUCCGAGGCCAGCCCAUCGAUUCUGAACCAAGUAAUGCAACGAUUAAGCAGACCCGAUAUUCUUUGAGGUCCACGGCUCCUCCAUUACUAGUCCUCAGUCCUGACUCGACAUCAACUGGUGGUCUUACAGUGGAACAAACCCCGAGAGGGCGGGUAGCACUCGUUCCGGUUGGCAAAUGUGGUCUGGUCCCAGAGGAGAUGCCGUACGACAGGUCAGAUAUGUCCGACGGAGAAAGUUUCGAGACUUCCUCAGGAUCUGAAGGUCCCAACUCACCACCUUGUCUCGCAGCAUCACGCAGAGAUGCCUUGAUUGACAGGACAAUUUCGUGGAUGAUCACGUGGAUAGAUUUGAGGCUCAGUGUGCUCGCCUUUCAGACACACGGUACCUGCGAGGAGAGCCCUCGGCGAUUUUGUUUGCCGCAGACUCAGACUUGCGGGACGACUGAUGGACCGAAUCAGAAAAGAAGAAAGGGAUGCUACAAAGGUCGACGUGGUCCGGAUGACGAAGAUAGUGACGGCGAGGAGCGUGUGCCGCCUCCGUCACAGGGGUACGAUGCUGUAGACAACGAGAUCGUGGAAUUCGCAUGCCCGUUCCUGAAGCACAACCCACGGAAAUAUGGUCAAAUACGAAGCUGCUCAGCUUCUGGUUGGAAAGCAAUAUUCCGCCUCAAGGAACAUUUGUAUCGAUGCCAUCGUUUACCAUCGUUUCAAUGCAUCCGAUGCCGCAUGAUCUUCAAAUCUUCCGAGAAGCUCUUGCAGCACAGUCAAGCAGACAUAGCGUGCAAUGUCGUGCGAGAUGAUUCUACCCAGGAAGGGAUCAGCAAUGAGCAACUCAUGAAACUGAAAUCGAGGAAGAGAAGUAGAGAGGCGAGUUCUGAACAUGACAGAUGGAUACACGUGUACAAGAUCUUGUUUCCUGACGACUAUCUAAUCCCGUCACCGUACUUUCAGCGUGGUAACUCAGGAAAGGGCCAAGAGUCACUCCUGACAGCCUUGAGAGAGCAUGUAAGCAGGGAAUUGCCGCGACUGAUACGACCUCGACUCGAAGAAUCCGUUGACGCCACCAUCCGUGAGGCGCUGGGACCUGAUAUGCUUGAAGGAUUAGUGCGAGACAUUUUCUCGCAAGUUCUCAGCACAUUUCCUCAGCAGAAAUUAGAAACCCCAGCGGCCAUGUUCGGUGAGAACCGCAAGGGUGAAGCAUCCCAGCCAACAGAAAUGUUUCCGCAGCUUGCACUGCCCGGAAGUAAUAGCCUCGCGUUCCACAACGUAUCAACCUUUGAUAUCGAGUCAAACGCAUCAGUGGCUUGGGUAUCUUCCCAUCAUGCAGGAACUGAACGGGUAGAGAUUUGCCAACAAGAAGGUCAGCGCAUCGACAACGAGUCUCUCAAGUGGCAAGUGGGAUGUGAAGGUCCAACCGGGGUAGAGCCAGGGCCCUCCGACUUUCUUCCGGCGGAACGACUCACUCAUCUCCCACCAGCACCAGGGGACAAUGUCGUCGAAGCUUCUAGCCUGAGUGACUUGUUCAACUUUGACGACUUUCGCGACGAGUACGCUGCAUGGCUCGGACAGGCUGAGGAGGGGAGUAGUCACGCGGACUCGGGUUACUUCAGCAGCUUACAGUCCCUCGAGAGCAUAGAUCACAUGGCUGGGAAGGGGAAGGGGAAGGAGGUCGUCAGAGAGCCCGGCGAGCAUGAUAUAAUAUAG